AAUUGCCAUCUUGGUAGAAGAAGAGUGUUUACACGUCAGUCGGUCCGGUUUGGGUUGAAAAUUCUGCAAUUUUCUCAUUUUCCGGUGAUUUUACGGGAAAAUUAGGCUUCCCGGUUGUGACCCACGGGAAGGUGAAUUUUCGUGGCGCUGUUUCAGUGUACUUUUGUGUAGAAUUGCAGUGGCAAAGUAGUAAAAAUGAAUAUUUUCCGAUUGGCCGGUGACUUGUCACAUCUUCUAGCCAUUAUCCUGCUGCUGAUAAAAAUAUGGAAGACGAGGUCGUGCGCUGGAAUCUCUGGCAAGUCACAGAUCCUAUUCGCCGUCGUGUACGUGAGCCGCUAUCUGGAUUUAGUCACGACGUUCAUCAGUCUGUAUAACACUCUGAUGAAGUUGGUAUUCAUCACCUCGUCAAUUGCCACCAUCUAUCUGAUGUACGUCAAGUUUAAGGCGACUUAUGACCACAACCACGAUUCGUUCCGCAUCGAGUUCCUGCUGCUGCCGUGCUUUGUGCUGGCCCUGCUGAUCAACGCUAGCUUCACGCCGCUGGAAGUGCUGUGGACGUUCUCGAUUUAUCUGGAGGCGGUGGCCAUUUUGCCUCAGUUGUUCCUCGUCAGCAAAACGGGCGAGGCGGAAAGUAUUACCAGUCAUUACUUGUUUGCGCUAGGUUCCUAUCGGGCCCUGUAUCUGUUGAACUGGAUCUACCGAUACUACGCCGAGGGACACUAUGAUCUGAUUGCAAUCUUUGCCGGAGCCAUUCAGACGAUCUUGUACUGCGAUUUCUUCUACCUCUACAUUACCAAGGUGCUGAAGGGCAAGAAACUGCAACUUCCGGCGUAAAGUGGUGGUAUUGAGACCGGGAGAAAUGUAGGACGAAGACUUUUCUCUAAUUAACCAACAUUCGUUAUAGUAGUGUAUUCUUCACAAUUUUUCAAAAAUAAAGGAGAUCGACAACUACAGUAACCCGACGUACGCCGAGGGAAGCAUUAGAAUGUAAUCGUGGAAAUUGAUAACAGCAAUUAAAUGAGAUAAACAGAAGGAUUGCAAUUACAAGAAAGAAAACACAUUAAAGUAUCUGAAUUUGAUAACUUUGUAGUAGUUUGUAGCUUGAGAACUGAAAAAAUGUCAGAUACUGUGAAUGGUUUAAAAUCAAUUCCGGUUCACUUGUAAAAUCAUCUAUCCGGUCUAAUGGGAGUUAUUUUUUGUUCUGGAACGCAAAUAAAUGUGUGCUUUGUGGGAAAUAAACAAUAGUAUUCAGAAACAUUCAAGUUACAGAGAAAAUGUGAAGACGAUAAGUUAUCCACCUUCUGUGUGGAGGGGAUUGAACUAUCAAAACCCUGAACAAGAAAAAAGAAGUUCGAUGACAUAUAUUGCAUACUGAUUUAGAAUACAAUAGUUUAGAUUGAAAAUAUUCUGUUCAAACAAUUUAAUUUCAUGCGAAGUUUAAUUUCAAAGUGGUCGAGUCGCUAUAUUCGAGUUGUUUCAGUUUGUUACAUCAAAGAACCAAACGGGAAUAAUUGUUUAGUAGAAGAUACAUAGCAGAAAGUAGUAAGCCAAGCAAACAAACAGCAGUUUACCCUACCGAUAUAUGGCGUCUAACAGUCGAUGAUGUGCAGAUUCAGACUGUGAGGCAUAAAUUAAUCGUAUAUUUAAAAAGAAUCCAAAAUCAAAGUAGUUAUUUUAAAAGUUUACCUAACUUAAUAUUUUAUGUUUACGCAAUUUCAACAAAUCCUACGAGUGGGGUACAGAAUGACUAUUUUUUCUACUUUAUAAUCGACGUGUUAUUUCUUUACAGAUCACUUGUAGAAUAGGUUGAAUUAUUGUCUAUAGUAAUACAUUUUUUUUUCUAUUCGUUUCGACGUACUAUAAGAAGGUCGAGUAUGUGUAGAUUCAUCAUACGCUGCCCUAAGUAUAAGGAGGUAGAAUUGAUUCUGAAGAAGAUGUCUUCUCAAAUCACCGUUGUGAAGGAAACGCAAUGAUUAUUAACACAAACAGCGCUAGGCGGAUGAUUAAAGUAAGCAAACUCCCUUACAAUCUUCUAUUUCUUAAAAUUUAAUAUUUUACUGCUACACUGUAAUUCAUGCAAAAUGAAAAAGGUAAUGAUAAUGAGGUAAUACAUGAAUAAAGAAUGGAAAUUCCACUCACUAA